CUGUCGUACUGUUUACAUUUGUCGGCGAUCGCCGAGGUAUACGUACAGUGGGGCCUACGGCCUAUGGCCAGUCUUUUACCGCCCGUCGUACAGUUGCAACCGCCACGCGAGUCAGAACCGAAAACCCGGUGAUUCGUCUCUCUCCGGUUGUGACAUAAAUAAAAAUAAAUAUUGCUGUUAUAUUGUGAAUUGGAUUAAUCAUCGUGAAGGAGGGAGUAGGUGGUGAUCCGUGCAACAGGUACUCAAAUGCUGCGUCGACCAAUCAGGUGGAUGCCAGCGAUUUUGGAGCGACUUGCAAAGAGAUAAAGCCUUUAUCAAUAUGGGGGGCAUGUUCAGGAGCGAGGAAAUGGCACUAUGCCAGCUGUUCAUUCAGCCGGAGGCCGGUUAUCUCUCUGUCUCAGAACUCGGUGAGACCGGAACAGUCCAAUUUCGAGACCUGAACGUCGAUGUGAAUUACUUCCAGCGGAAGUUUGUCAACGAAGUAAGAAGAUGCGAUGAAAUGGAAAGGAAAUUACGUUACAUAGAGGCAGAGGUGAAGAAGGAUGGUGUUCAGAUACUUGACAACCUCACUGACUUACCUAGGGCACCCAAUCCCCGGGAAGUUAUCGAUCUUGAGGCACACAUCGAGAAAACCGAGAACGACAUCCUAGAGUUAAGCCACAAUGCCGUAAAUCUGAAGAGCAACUAUUUGGAACUCACGGAACUGCGUCAUGUUCUUGAGAAGACCCAAGUAUUCUUCACCGAGGAGGAGGCCAACGACUCGAUCACCAGGGCACUCAUAACCGAGGAGCAGCAGUAUCCAACUGGAGGUCGUGGACGUCUCGAGUUCGUUGCUGGAGUGAUUAAUCGUGAACGAGUGCCGGCGUUUGAGAGGAUGCUCUGGAGAAUAUCCCGGGGAAAUGUAUUUCUACGACAAGCGGAGCUUGAUAAACCACUCGAGGAUCCGAGCACGGGAAACGAGAUAUACAAAACGGUAUUCGUCGCGUUCUUUCAAGGUGAACAAUUGAAGAGCAGGAUUAAGAAAGUCUGCACUGGUUUCCAUGCAUCUCUUUAUCCCUGUCCUAAUAGCCACGCCGAGAGACUGGAAAUGGUUAAGGGUGUUCGUACUCGUCUUGAGGAUCUCAAUUUGGUUCUCAAUGAGACUCAGGAUCACAGACAGCGAGUGCUUCACAAUGUCGCCAAGGAGAUUCCAAAUUGGAGUAUUAUGGUUCGAAAGAUGAAGGCGAUCUAUCAUACGAUGAAUCUGUUCAAUAUGGAUGUGUCCAAGAAGUGCCUUAUCGGGGAGUGCUGGGUGCCUAUGUCUGAUCUUGGAGUUGUGCAGAAUUGUCUUACAGAGGGAUCUAGACAAUGUGGUAGCUCCAUACCCUCAUUCCUGAACGUUAUUCAUACUGACGAGGAUCCGCCAACCUUCAACAGAACCAACAAGUUUACCAAAGGAUUUCAAAAUUUGAUUGAUGCAUACGGUGUAGCAUCAUACCGCGAGGCUAAUCCGGCUCUGUACACUAUAGUUACAUUUCCGUUUCUCUUUGGGAUUAUGUUUGGUGAUGCGGGUCAUGGAAUAAUCUUGGCUUUAUUCGGUGGAUGGAUGGUCGGCUGGGAGAAAAAAUUGCUGGCAAAAAAAACAGACAACGAAAUUUGGAACAUAUUCUUUGGUGGCCGAUACAUCAUCCUUCUCAUGGGGCUUUUCUCCAUAUACACCGGAAUUAUCUACAACGAUAUAUUCUCAAAGUCGGCCAACGUUUUUGGAUCCAGUUGGCACGUAACUUACAACUUUUCCACAAUCCACGACUCCAUGAAGCUCACACUAGACCCUAAAUCAGACAAGAUCUACUCACAAGUGCCUUAUCCACUUGGUAUGGACCCAGUUUGGGCACUAGCCGAAAAUAAAAUUAUAUUUUUGAAUUCUUACAAGAUGAAAUUAUCAAUCAUCUUCGGGGUUGUUCAUAUGAUAUUCGGAGUGUGCGUCAGCGUUAUCAAUAUUGUGCAUUUCAAACAGUACUCUCGCCUAUUCUUCGAAUUCUUACCACAAUUGUUGUUCCUUGUUUUGCUGUUCGCUUAUCUGGCUGCGUUGAUGCUCAUUAAGUGGGUUCUGUAUGAUGCUAGAUCGAAAGAUUUUGCCUACACGCCAACGUGCGCUCCUUCAGUUUUAAUCACCUUGAUCAACAUGAUAUUGCAAGGUGAAUCAAGAGUGCCAGAAGGCUGUUCAGAAUUCAUGUUCGCGGGCCAAGCCGUUCUCCAAAAAGUUCUUCUUCUUGGAGCUCUCGCUUGUGUUCCAGUUCUGCUAUUUGGAAAACCUUUGUGGUUCUUGUUCAGCCAAAAGCUAUCAAACAAGAAAAAACGAAGAGGCAAUGGUGUUCCUUCCCAAGACAUCGAACUCCAAAACGACAUAAUUGUCAAUUCUUCGAAUGGUGGUGCAGCUGGUGCUGGUGGAUCAGGUCAUUCCGAUGAACAUGAAGAGGAUAGCUUCGGAGAAGUAAUGAUUCACCAGGCAAUUCACACUAUCGAGUAUGUCCUCUCGACGGUGUCCCAUACCGCCUCGUAUCUGCGACUCUGGGCGCUCUCAUUAGCCCAUGCUCAACUAUCUGAAGUACUCUGGGGUAGAGUAAUGUCGGCGGGAUUGGGAGCAGAAAAAGAUGAGUGGGUGAGGUCUGUUGUGUUGUUCGUUUCCUUUGGCGCGUGGUCAUUCUUCACGAUUGCCAUUCUUGUUAUGAUGGAGGGAUUAUCUGCCUUCCUGCAUACUCUUCGACUUCAUUGGGUCGAAUUCAUGAGCAAGUUUUACAUGGGCCAAGGAUACAUGUUCCAGCCAUUCUGCUUCAAGAGUAUAAUGGAUACCGAAGACGCCGAGGAAUAAACUCCAUUUUUUAUACUAUAAAAUUAUCAGAACUUGCACACAUAGUUCGAUAAUAAACUGUUAUAUUCAGAGAUGAUGUAUACCUCCAGGUACCCACGAUUCAACCAGUAAAGAGGAGAAAUUCAGUCGUAACCAUUUUAUCACCAUUAUGACAAACUUUUUAAAGCAAUUCCGAACAUUUUUACCUGCUCUUUACCCCCAAGCAACUGCUGUUGAAUCACUUGGGGUCAAUUGUGCCUCGCAGAAUGAGAUAAUUGGAGAAUAAAAAGAGAAGAUAAUCGAUAAGAACAAAUA